CAGGUGCUCUCUUUGGUAAACAGCGCCCACUUGUCAUCUGUUGGCUUCUGUCGCUCCUCCUCUGAAGCAAACUGUGAAGCAGCUUGGGUUAGUGGCAACCGCUGACCGCAAUAUGAAACGUUAAAACAGCUGACACGUGUUCGAUAGAAGCUUCUGUAAUUGGGUUUGAGGUGGAUUGUGUUGCCAGGGAGCAGAAGUUAAUAUUUUGUGCCUGAACGGCUGCAGUUUAAAGAGGAAGGGUGCAAGGUUUAGUGUACUGAAACAAAAGGUAUUUUUAAAUGAACAAACUGUUCUAUGUAGAUCAUAUAAUAGAGAGGACUGUUUGGACCUGGCAAUGAAAUCAGGAAGUCACAGUACAGAGUACUCCACUGAAUUUAAUUAGGUUUUCCGUUUAUAAAACAAUGAAGGGCCACUGCUGGAUUAGUACAAUUUUGUGCUCAUUUUUUCACUCGGUUCACCUUAUCUGAAAAUCUGUCCGUGAACAAAGGAUAAAGAGUAUGAAUCCUGGCCUACAUCGAUACCUGUCAACGUCUGCUGUUUGUCCAUGUCAAUUUUCAAGUGCUAUAUAAACUAAGGGGAACACACUGGGCUUGGUCUUGCAAAUAGUGGAAAAGGCGUGGCCGUGGCUGUUGACUAUAUUGAGGAACGGAGUGAACGUCAGGCGGAGAGAGGAGCAGGUGAGCGGAGAGGCAGACGAAAUCUGAGCGCUGAAGGAAUUCGUUGAAAUUUCAAGGUUUGACAGAGUCCCUCUCUAGGCAGUGAGAACACUUACUAUGAUGAAUGACCAGGUAAAUGGUCCUACCUAUGACAACAUAGGUUUUCAGCACGACGAUAAAAGCCCCCCACCAUAUAACCAGAUUUACCCCUACGUACCUCAGCAGACCCCCAGCCAUGUUAUGGUCAACACUUACCAGACUUCACCUCCUGCAGGACCAUGUCCUAUGAGACAGAACCAAAGACCAAAGAAAUCCCACUGUAAAUGGAUCACGUGCGUGUCUGCCUGUGUGCUGCUUAUCUUGGGAGUGGCUGCCCUCUUGCUCUGGUACUUCUUGUACUACCAGUGUCCGCUGGGAAAGUCAUGUGGACCUGGUGGGGAGUGUCUGAGCCCCCACCAGUGGUGUGAUGGUGUCAGGGACUGUUCCAAUGGAAAGGAUGAAUCUCAGUGUUUUCACCUCCGAGGGACCAACUCCAUACUGCAGACCUACUCAGCAGACUAUGACGACUGGUUUCCCGUGUGUGCUAAGUACUGGGAUCACAGCUUUGGGAGAGCUGCAUGUGAGCAGAUGGGCUACAGGAGGCAGGAUUAUGUGACCUACAGCCAGGUCAGUGCUGGUUCUUUGGCCUCCAAAGGAUACAUGAAGCUGAAGCAUUACAGCAGCUCUUAUUCACCAUUACAAUCACAGUUCGAGCACAGCUCAUAUUGCUCAGAGAACGCUGUCAAACUUCAAUGUAUUGAAUGUGGCGAGAGUUCAGCAGCUCCCAUCUCUCGUAUCGUGGGUGGCACUGAAGCUGAAAAUGGAGCCUGGCCGUGGCAGGUCAGUCUCCAGAUUAAUGGCCGACAUGUCUGUGGAGGCUCCAUUAUCAGCCCAUACUGGAUCCUGUCUGCUGCACACUGCUUCCAGGACAGUUACUCCCAUCCUUAUAUGUGGGCAGUACAUUAUGGCAAAGUGAGGAGGUCUCAGAUGAUUUUUAGUUUCAAGUCCGUUGAGAGAAUCAUCAGCCAUGAACAUUUUAACAAAGAAACCAAUGACAAUGACAUCGCUCUCCUAAGGCUCAGUUCAAAACUGAGUUUUACAAGUACAGUGAAACCAGUGUGUCUCCCCAACUUUGGUAUGGAUUUGUCAACACUAAGUCCAGCAUGGAUCACAGGAUGGGGAGCUGAACAUUGGGGUGGGUCAGCAUCUGACAUGCUAAAUCAAGCGGAGGUGACCAUUUACAGCAGACAGACCUGUAAUGCACCUGACGUGUUAGAUGGGGCGGUCACUCAGUCCAUGAUCUGUGCAGGCAAACUGAGCGGAGGAGUGGACAGCUGCCAGGGUGACAGCGGAGGGCCCCUGGUAGUUAAAUCAGGAAAUGUUUGGUGGCUGGCAGGAGACACUAGCUGGGGGUAUGGAUGUGCUUUGAGAAACAAGCCAGGGGUCUACGGCAACGUAACCUACUUUAUUGACUGGAUACAUGAACAAAUGCAGAACGAGUGACGGAGACGUCGGUGUUCAUAUCUGAUCACACAAUUUGCACUUUGAAUCUGAAGCUUCAAGGCAACUUACUAAUCAGGAAGAAUUUCUUACUCACCCAAAAGGAAUAACUAAUGAAAGUCAUUAUUUUUUUAUGCUUGAAUUUCAACAUGUGUUUAAUGUAUGUAUUGGAAGGAAAUCAGUCUUUUUAUUUGUUCAAAUAAAGCUAAUUGUAUUUAC